AUGGAGAUUCAGGAGCAUGCAUCCGUCAAUGUGUUAGACUCCAAAUCCUUUGAUCUCCUUCGAAGUAGUGGGCAGACACUCAAAAGACGAAAAGCUACUUCCAGAGUAUUUGUCUAUGAUCAACAAGAACACGAUAGAAACCUGAAAGCAGUUCUUGACAGACUCCAGAGCCACAACGCCAGACUGAACAAGAGCAAAUGCAAGUUUGCACAACCAGAACUUAAGUUCUACGGACACACGUUCAGCGGAGAUGGCAUCACACCAGACCCAAAGAAAAUUGAGGCCCUCAUCAAUGCAACACCCCCCAAGAAUGCCAAAGAAGUCAAGUCUUUCCUCGGGUUAGCAUCAUAUGUCUCACGAUUCAUCCCCAACUAUGCAACGGUCACUAACCCCCUUCGCGCCCUUACCCAUCAAGACUCCAAGUGGAAGUGGGAGCAGGAGGAAAUCUCAGCAUUCAACGAACUGAAAAGUAUCCUGACAAACACGAAUGUCAUGGUGUACUUUGACCCUCCCAAACCGACAGACAUCAUCGUGGAUGCAAGUCCAGUUGGACUAGGCGCAAUGCUGUCACAAGAUGGAAAGAUCGUCUCAUACGCCAGUCGUACACUGUCAGAUACCACAAGCCUCUCCUUGGAAUCUUCAAGAGCAGCAGGCCAACUUCUGCCAGAAUUGAUUGCUGGCGACUGCGUACAAUGUCAUACGACUGUACGUGACAUUGUGUACAAGCCGGGAAAGGAUGACGAAAACCCAGCUGACUUCAUCAGUAGACAUGGUAGACACCCCGGAUCCCAAGCUCCUAACAAGUCAGUAGCAGAAGACUACAUAAACUACAUUUGUAACAAUGCAGUCUCAAAAGCUCUAACUCUAGAGGAUGUCCGUGCUGAAACAGCAAAAGAUGGCACCAUGCAGAAACUGAUGACAACCAUCCGAUCUGGAAAGUCACACGAUUGGGAUGAUGUAGACAUGCGUCCAUACAAACCAGUUCGAAGCGAGCUUACAAUCUGCAAUGGUGCAAUCCUGAGAGGAAACCACUUAACGAUUCCCGCAUCCCUGCAGCCCACCAUCAUCGAGUUGGCACAUGCCAGUCACCAAGGAAUUGUCAAUUAG